AUGAUUGAAAAUGUCGACAAACGCCGAGCGGCGUCUUCGGCGUCUAAUCUUUCAAGUCUUUCGGAACGCGACAUCGAGUACAAGCAACCGGUGUAUUUUAUACCUGAUAAAGAUCUUGAAGCGCAAUUUGAAACCGAUCGUCUUGAUAGGCGAGAUUCACAAAUGGGUAAGUUGGACAAGAUGGGAAAACAACAGUUCAUGUCCAUACCAGACCGUCGAGUAAUUGAUAGGAGCACAUUCAAGCGGUUAAAAAACAAAGCUGUGGUGGUGACCGCGGAAGACCGACGAAAAAAAGUCGAGGACUUGAUGGCUGACAGAGAGAGGCUGGAAAGCGAGAGCGCUGCCAGAAAGCAAAAACUACAGAGCUAUGACGUACUUAGAACUAAAGGAAAACAACUUGCACAGUUGGACGAUGAAGCAAAUAAGAAGUCCAAUUACCUUCUGGCUAGAGCACAACAAUUGCGACAAGACCAAGAAGAUGAAAUAAAACAGUGCAACUCUCUGAUAUUAAGUACCAAGUGUCAUGCCAUCCGAAACGCUCAAAUUGCGGAAAAACAACUUAUUCAGAAAGAAAUGAAAGAAGAGGAACGUAGGAUGGAAGAAAUGAUGGAACGGGAACGAGCGUUGGCCGCUAAAGAGCUCGAAAAGGCAGCGGAAGUGGAGAGGCAAAAAAAAAAAUUCCAAGCAGUUGAGGUGGAGAAACAAAUAAAAGAGAACGAGAUCGCCAGGGAAAUGGAGUUGGCCAGGAUGGCGGAGGAAGCUAUGAUUCGAGCGGAAGCGGUGAACAAGAUCCGGCACGACGAGGCUGAAAGGUACAAGGCGAGAAUGGAAAAACAGGCGCAACUACGCAAGGAGUACAUGUUGCUCAACGCACAGAUAAGAGAUUCGAAGAAGCUGGAAGAAGAGAUGAAUAACAUUGAAGUGCUGCAGAUACAAGAGUACACACGCAAAAAAAACGAACGAGAAAUAGCAUUUGAGCGAGAGCUACAAAAGCAGAAACUACUGAAGGAAAAGUCUAUUGCCAAGAUACAGGCGAGUCAACAAGCUACGUAUGAUUUGCGAGCCACCAAAGACGAGCUAAACGCACUCAGAGUCAGAGACCAGGUAGAGCGUGAGUGGCGCCGUAAAGAACGAGAAGAGGCCAUCAAAAAAGUCGCAGUAGAAGAAGAACUAAACGCGACCAGACGCAAACAGAUCGAAGACCAAAGAAUAGCGUACGCGUUUGAAAUUCAAAGAGAGAAGGAUGAAACCGAAAAAAUCGCUAAACUUAACAUCGAAGACAUCAAAAAGAGUAAAGAAAUGGACGAAAAAAAUAGAAUGAAAAUCGAAGCACAUCGUAGAAACCUAUUAAAACAGAUAAACGAUAAAGAACAGGAAAAGAUACUCGAAAGGAAAAGAUUCUUCCAAGAAGGUAUAAAGCUGAAACAAGAAGAGCUUGCCAGGCAAAAAAUGUUACGGGAUACAAUGUACAAUAAGAUCGAGGAACUCAAGAUGCACAACGUACCGGAAAAGUUUGUUCAGGGGAUUGUGAGGCAGCUCAAGUUACACAAAUAA